GAGUUUGCAGUUUCAUGUUCAACUGGCAACAAUGCAUACCGCAAAGCCCAGGAUGGUGGUCCCAUAUGGCCUCAAGACUCUACUCGAAGGAGUGAGCAGAGCAGUUCUCAAAGCCAGUCCCUCCAACAUCACUGAAUUUGCUGCUGAGUAUUUCAGAGAACUGAUAGUUUUUCGAGAAGAACAUCCUAAUUUGGAUAUCAAAGAACUGGUGAGAGAAUUUCAUAUGACAAGAGUGGAGGGAUGGGCAGAAGGACCAGGAGCAGCAACACAAGCGAUGCCCCGUUCUAAAAGGGCUGAUGUUGGAGAUGCAUUUCGGUCAGACCUCGACACAAUUCCAAUUCACAGUGAACCCAAACGGAAGGAGAAAUCGACUGAUACAGAAGAGGACCAGAUAAGCGAAGAGCCUCAUUGUGAACUGAGCACCAAGACUACUCAAUUCCCAUCUAUUGUUGAUGAAUUUAUAGGAAAGGCUGGGGACGACAAGGGAGCAGGACUUGCCUAUGUCCCAGCUGACCCAGCUCAGCUAGCAGCACAAAUGCUAGCCAUGGCAACAAGCGAACCAGGACAGCCACCACCAUAUUCUAAUGUGUGGACUCUCUAUUGUCUAACUGAUUUGAAACAACAAGGUCGUAAGUCACCACCACCUCCACCACCCCUUCCAUCUGUUGGAAAUGGUGCUCCUGUUCCCCAAGCAACCCUAUUCAUAUCUAGUGGUAAGGACCAACCGCAGUAUCUACAGCCGCAGAUGAUACAACAAGGUCAACCACCACAAGUGUCCUCUCCAACUUAUGUGAUGAUGGAAGAUGGGAAGAAGGGAAAUGCACCACCUUUCAUUUUAGUGGGCUCUUCUGUUCAGAAUAAACAGGACUGGAAACCCAUCCCAGGCCAUGCUGUUCUAACACAGCCGGACGCUGCUGGUACUGUGAGGAGGUUCGCUACAAUCCCCGUACCAGUCGCCAGGGCAGCAGAUCCAAAAACGGCCAACCCCAAUUUUAAUCCUGCACAAGAUAGCGGCAGGCCUCCAACUCCAGUUUUUCUUUCAGUUGCCAUACCACUAGAAGAUGUGAUGAAUGGGAAGAAGGGCUCAGGAGCUGGGGAUAAAACACCUUUUGCAGGGAGUUAUGGUAUAGCAGGAGAGAUCACAUUUACGACUGCCUCCACAUGCAGGAGAGAAUAGCGAAACGGUAAGUGGAUGUUCAGGGUUUGGUAGAGA